AUGUCAACAUCAUCUGCAUUUGUGAAAAAGCUUGCAUCCAACGACCGUCCAACCCGAGAAGCUGCCCUCGAAUCCCUCAAGCGAUUCCUUUCUUCAAAAUCAUCAAAGAAACUUUCAGAAUUGGAUUUAAGUAAAUUAUGGAAAGGUUUAUAUUAUUCUAUGUGGUUUUGUGAUAGACCAAGGGCACAAGAGAGAUUGGCUGAACAAUUAGGUAGUUUAUUUUCCGAUUGUAUUUCUCGUGACCAAUUUUGUAGUUUUGUGAGUUCAUUCUGGGUGAUUAUGAUUAGUGAAUGGCCAAAUGUGGAUCAAUGGAGGGUUGAUAAAUAUUAUUUAUUAAUUCGUCGAGUAUUGAGACAUAAUUUCAAAAUGUUGAAGUUGAAUAAUUGGGAUGAAGAAUUGGUGAAAAAUUGGUUGGAAGUUUUGGAGAAAGAAGGUGGCGUUUUAAGUGGUGAUAAAAAGAUAGCAUAUGCUUUACCUUACCAUAUUUGUGAUAUUUAUUUAGAUGAAUUAGAGUUGAUAAUAUUUGAAGAGUUGAAAGGUGAUCAAGAAGUAUUGGAGAAUUAUAAGAAGGAUGAUAAAGAAUAUAUUGAAUUAUAUGAAUCGUUGUUUAAACGAAAAUUACAAAUCGUUGAAGAUAUUCCAAUUAAACAAUUGAUCAGUCCGUUCGAGCAUUUGAAUAAAGAUGCUUUGUUAAAGACAUUAAGAGAGAAAUGUGCUGACGAAGUCUUGAAUGAUGAAAGAUUGAAGGACUGGGGAGUAGUCGAAGACGAUGAAAGUGAUAGUGAAGAAGACGGUGAAGCAGACUCUGCCAGUGAAGAUGAAGAUGAAAGUGAAGAUGAAUGGAAAGGGUUCUAG